AUGAAAGCGCGCCAUGCGACCGCGAAACUCCUGACCCGGCUUCCAUCCAUGCAUGCGCCCCUGCCUCGAGCAACGGCGACCCAGCGGACGGCAGUGUCUUCCCUCCAUCCUCAAGCUCGACUCACCGAGACCCUUCCCCGGCCCCGGCCCGGUGACCCGCCCAAGUCCUGUUUCGAGGACACAAAACUUUCUGCCGACCUCUUCACCGCGCCUCAGGGUUAUACCGUGCGCGUCUUGCCGGCACCUGCCUCGCUGCGCAUUACUCCGGCAUCACUACGGGGCGCCGGGCCCAGCGCGGUCUGGCAGAAGCCCUGGUUCUUCAUCCAGACGGUCGGGCGCGAGACCAAACCCGAGUUCACAGCUUCCGAGCUCCAGGCUCGCGCGUUUGGCGUCAAGAUGCUGAACUGGAUACAGCUCAUCACGACGCCCACGGCCGAUACGCAGGGGACAUGUCUGCUUCUCCACUUUGACAAGCAGCGCUAUGUCUUCGGAAACAUAUCUGAGGGCACACAGCGCGCCAUGGUCCAGCGGAAGGUCGGCUUGCAUAAGACGGAGGAUAUCUUCCUCAGCGGCCCCGUGGACUGGCACAACGCCGGGGGGUUGAUCGGCAUGAUUUUAACCCUUGCCGAUGUGAUUGGCACUACGAAAGAGGCCCUCAACGCCGAGAACGCUGCCCGGAAGAAGAAGGGCCGGAAAUUGGUUGAGGAUACGGUCCUUUCCAGGUUGAAUAUCCACGGUGGCAAGAACCUGUCUCAGCUGCUGGCUACCUCAAGACGAUUCGUAUUUCGGAAGGGCUUGCCCCUGAACCCCGUUGAGGUCAGGGAUGACCCUCGGGCCUCGAAACAGGGAGCCGAGCCGGAUUGGCAAGACAGCAAUAUCAAGGUCUGGUACAUGCCAGUUGAUGCAAAAGUCGAUCAAGAAAGCCAGCCUUCGAGGAAACGGAGUCAUGACGAGAUAUCGGAUUCCGACUCCACGACGCCUAAAUCUUCAAAAGAAGAUGACCAGAGACAGGUGCUUGAGAUCGUCACUCAGAUGUUUAACUCUAAAUGGAAGAUGGAUGCUUUGGUGGAGACAACAUUGUAUGAAGCAAACCUGCCCGCAAAGUUGUUCGUUCGUGACGACAAAGGCCACAUCCAGGUAUACAAGGGGCCUAUGCCCGGCGACGAGGGAGAAGUGCCAGACAUCCCUGUUCUCGUGCGCCAACCAUGGCCAGCUGCCCUGUACUUGACGCUCCCAUGGACUGAACCGUCGAAACAGUCAAUGUGCUACGUUGUCAAAGGCCACGACAGACGGGGCAAAUUCAACCCCAAACUGGCUGAAAAGUACGGUGUCGCGAAGCAAGACUACAAGAAGCUGACGGCUGGCCAAAACGUUACCGUCAACGACAUCGUUGUCACUCCGGAGAUGGUGCUUGGGGAGACUAUCCCCGGGCUGGGCUUCGCAGUUCUCGACGUUCCCAACACCUCGUACAUUGAAGCUCUAAUCAACCGACCGGAGUUUUCAAGUGAAGAACUCAUGGACGGCAUCGUGGUCGCGUUCUGGUUACUGGGUCCAGGUGUGAUCAAUGACCCACAGCUCCAGGCUUUCAUGGAGAAGACCCCGUCUUUACGACACGUCAUCUGCUCUGGAGACAGCUCUCCCAACAUGAUCUCACUCGAGUCUGCUGCAACACAGAAUUAUAAGCUGCACUGUAUUGACCCGGACAGAUUCCCUCUGCUGGAUUUCAACAACGGCGCGCCGGUUUCCCAAGUGCCAAUGGGCCCGCUACCCGAGUCAUUGGAGAUCGGCAGAACUGGGAAGAUGAUUCAAUUCUCACCCCAAUUUAUGCACAAAGACGACCAGAUUGUACCGUUCCCCAACGUCAAGAAGCUUGCCGAGACUGACAAGGUGCCUGGCGUCAAGGAGCUUGCCAACAUCGCACGCCAGAAAUGUGGUGAUCCCACCUUCCUGGCCAAGAUCCAGCAGGUCGAGUCAGAUAUCCCCAGUCGCGACGCUGAAGUCAUUACCCUUGGCACCGGUUCCGCCCUCCCCUCGAAAUACCGCAAUGUCUCGGCCACCUUGGUCAGAGUCCCAGGCUUUGGGAAUUACCUGUUCGACGCUGGUGAGAACACGAUGGGACAGCUGCGCCGAACAUUUGGCAGUGAGCUCCCAUCAGUCUUGAGAGAUUUGAAAGUCAUCUGGAUAAGUCAUCUCCAUGCCGACCAUCACCUUGGUACUGCCGGUGUUAUCAAAGCAUGGAACGAAGAGACGCUACAAUCCAACCCUUCGGCGAAGUUGCACGUGGCCUCGCACAUGCACAUGAUUGACUGGCUCCGAGAGUAUGCCAGCAUCGAAACAUACGGAUUCAGCCGUCUCACUUUCACCCAAUUCAGUCAAUAUGAUGCCAACACUAGGAUUUGCAAAUCACGGCCCUUUGAUGCGGAACAAGUGGAAGCAUAUGGCCUGGAAAAGAUUGAGGCUUGCUAUGUGGAACAUUGCCACGGAGCUCUUGCCACUGUCUUCACGUGGCCCAGCGGCCUGAAGGUUGCAUACUCUGGGGACUGCCGUCCAAGUGACAGCUUUGUACAGAUUGGACAGGGCACUACGUUACUUAUCCAUGAGAGCACCUUCGACGACGAGCUUAAGGGCGACGCUAUCGCCAAGAAGCAUUCCACCAUGUCCGAGGCAAUCGACGUCGGGCGACGAAUGGGUGCACGCAGAAUAAUGCUCACACAUUUCUCACAGCGAUACCAGAAGAUCCCUUCUCUAGAGGAGAAUUUGGAGAUCAAGGCUGAUGUCGGCAGCGAAGAGAAAGCCAAGCUGGAUGAAGUGAUACUGGUCGCGUUUGAUUACAUGCGAGUCAAGCUUGGAGAGUUUAGAAAAGCUCAGGCCUUCCUCCCAGCCAUACAAAAGCUGUUUGAAAACGUUGGGGAACAAUAG